AUGAUUGUCGCAAAUGCUACCUCACGGGUGGACAUCGAGAAAUUCGAAGGAGCCGCCCUUGUGAGGAGGUUCACAGAUGAGUUGAAAGGGCAAACGACUCUAGAACGCGCCACCAUCAGCGCGCAACAAGAGCAGGAUGCUCUUAUAGAGGAACAGAUGGAAGCGCGUAUGCGAGCAUUGUACAAAGAUCCCGAUGGAAGUGGCGCGUCUUUUCAUGCUGCCGAGUCAGCCAGACUUGCACUGGUGAAGACAUGCAAAACUUUCGAGACGCAAGAGCAGCCCUCAACGUUGUCGAAGAUUGGGUUCAACCGAAAGCCAGCUAGAUCGACAGCGAAUACAGCUUUGCAAAGCAGAGUCGCAGACGGGUUCGUCCAUUUGAGCGAGUACAUCGGCAACCUGGAAACCGAGUGGAGGUCCAAACAAGGAAGGGCUGCUCAAAGAUUUCGAAGCAUAUGCGGCGGACUAAACGCUCACAAGAGUGCAUUCGAAAUCUUCCCAUCGCAGAACGAAUAUGCUUCCGCGUUAUGCGGUGGUCUCAAAUUAAUCGUCACUGCUGCCGUCAAUCACGACGAGAUCUCCGACACUAUCUCUGAGACUGUGACCACGAUCACCGAGAAAGCAGGCCGCGCUAGCUAUAUACUGCUCAAUGUCCGCUCAAAACCGGCACGUGAACUGUAUUCCGAGCUGUACGCGCAAGUCUUCCUCUUUUAUCGUGAUGCCAUCGAGUGGUAUAUGAAGAGUAAAACCUCUCGAUUCUUCAGCAGUUUCAACGAGAACUUGAAAGGUCGUUACCAAAGCGCUGCUGAAAAGAUUAACGCCAUUAUCUAUGAGAUGCACGGACUGCAGAACACCGCUCAAUUCGCUUAUCUUAGGAUAAACCUUCCUGAGCAACAGCGUCUUGAUGAAAUUCUCCACUCACGACAGCAAAACCGUGAUUCUUCUAGCUUAGUCUGGUCAGGAAUGCACGCACGACGGCUACUUUUAAGCUUGUGCGAUAGUGCUUCCAACGAAGCCUCGAACCACAGUCGCGUACAAUAUGAGGAGCAUCGUGAUGUUUCUGUUCCACCUCAAAGGGACGUAGUCUCUAACUUGAUCAAUCGCGCAGUCGCAGGAAAGUUUGCCGCAAGGUUAAAGAAGUGGGUCAUAGGAAGUGAGGGCCAUUCACUCUUGAACGAAGGGAGUUUUUGGCUCCCAGAAGUUGACAUAGUAUGGAGAUUGCAAGAGUGGAUCGGGAACGAGCCGAACUCUCCAACCCUAUGGAUCUCGAGCCCAGAAGUAUCUCAGGUCGAGCUUUCUGGGUCACGCGCGGCUGCCUUGAAUGCGCUUGUUGCGGCGUGGACGGCGGAGUUACCGAUUACCUCACACUUUUGCGAACGGGCACGGUAUGCAACUCUCUCAGAAGGCCAGGAUGUCGAAAAGGUUGGCCUCAUUGGACUAGUAUACAACCUAAUUACCCAACUCUUGCAAUUCAAUUUCGAUAACGACGAGUUUGAAAUACCCCAGCCGCAAGUAGAAGCUCUCAACGGAUCAGACGAAAGCUGGUCUCAAGCUCUGGAUAUGCUGUCGGCGCUCCUGAAAGCAACACCUCAUCUCUGUAUAUGCGUGAUCGAUGGUCUCAACGAUCUAGCGUUCUCCGGUGGGGAAAAAUGGUGCAGCGACUUUCUACUGAUGCUGUUUGAGCACCAAAGGUCGUGUUGUGGCAGCUUCAAGAUCUUGCUUACCACCUCAGGCCAGUCCCGGGUACUGCAGGAGCAUGUAGACGUCGCUGACCAUAUAUUUACGCAUACGGAGGCUCGGGAGGUUAUUCGUGCUGGGCGUUGGUAUAAAGACUCGGGAAGUUGA